AUGUGCAUCGACUUCACGUGCACAGCCUCUUUGUUCCUUGCUCGCCACUGCAUCCAUUCAUCAUCGGCUAGAGCUUCAGAUGCAGCCCAUUCGGCGCCGAUGCGAGCUCGGAAUUUUCAUGGGGGGGUGAUGCGAGCUGUGUUUUUCCGUUGCGGAUUUGCAUCCGAGCGAGUCAAGAACGUCUUCCUGCCAAUCAUGACCUACUCCACCGCAACAAUCAUCAACAUCGCCUUCAUCCCGCUCUACCUCCCUCUCUUCGUCCUCAACAUCCUCAACCUCGUCCACCACCGACCCAUCCGCACCUCCGGCUACCUACCGCUGCUCAUCGUCACCGUACUCCACCUGGUCGGGAAUACGAUCCUUGUCGUCGACUACACACGGUCCAUCCGCUCCGUAAACCUAACGGUAUGGGGGUUCAUUCUGCAGUCGAUCGGGUUGAGUCCUAUGAUCUCGGCGGUGUUGGCGUUCUACGCCAAUGCACGAGAUCUGAUGGGUCAAGGAACUGAACGGUCGGAGAAAACCAUCGGUCGCGUGUUGAAUCUCAUCAACCUCGCUGCGAUGAUCUGCAUCAUCACCGGCUACACCAACACCACCUUCACCGACUCUAAAGGCAUUCUACUCUCCCACCCAACCCUGCCCAUCCAGACCAAGAUCGGUUCGAUCCUCUAUAUCCUCCUCACAGCAACGUUGCUCGCAAUCACCACGUUCGGUCUCAACUCGGACACGAAACGAACGCGUACCAUCCGAUGCGCGUUGUUCAUCUCAACCCCGCUGAUGAUCGUCCGAUCAGCGUUUGCAGCCUACACCACUUUCUCAGGCUCCAUCCUUGUUGUCAAGAGUAUCUGGGCCAAGUUGGUACUGCAGUACGUGUCCGAGUUCGUAGCACUGGCUGUCUUGACGUGUUUGGGGCUGGUGAUCAAGAGACACCAGGGGACGCGGGAGGAGGUGGUGGGUGGCGGCGGGGACGAUGUGGAGAGCGUUGCAAGGAAAGGCUGGGACUCGACGGCUGAGGAGACACAGCAAAAUGGAAAAAAUUCCGUCUAUGGGUGA